CCGGACUUUCCUCUCCCAGUUUACCCAGCAGAGGAGGAAGUUAAACAACCAGGGGUGGAUCAAGUCUCCGCUCCUCCACAGCUGAAAAAACCUUUCCAAGGAACCAACCUGAGGUGGAACCUGCGCGGCUUUCUCCCGCAGCGACUUCGACGCUUUAGAGAAACUUCUUUUUUUUUACUUUUCUUGUGCGGGAUCUAAGCUCGGAUCCACUUCAUCAACAUGUCUGUUAAUUCGCGCCACAAGACGACUUCUACGACCUACCGCACCGUCAAAGUGGCCUCUCCGGAGCCGGUGACCAGCACGGUGACCAGCACGGUGAUGUCCGCCGGGUCGGUGUCCCCGUUGCCGCACGCGCUGAACGGUAACUACGAGACGGUGAGGUACCUGGUCCCGGUGCAGCAGGCCAUGCAGCAGCAGCAGCAGUCCUUCGUGCUCAUGCAGCAGCCCAUGAUGCAGCAGCAUAUUAUCCAGCAGCCCAUGAUGCAGCAGCCCAUGAUCCAGCAGCCCAUGAUGCAGCAGAUGGUCUCUCCGGUGUACCUGCAGGGUAUGACGCACCUGAGCGUCAGCAGCCAGGACACCGACAUGUACCUGCAGCGCAGCACCCUGGAGAGCGUCAGCGGACAGUCGUCAGUGUUCAGCCAGUCGUCCAGGAGCCCUGAGCCCGAGGAGGUGGAGGAAGAGGAGGAGGAGGAGGAAGUGGAGGAGGAAGAAGAGGAGGUCGUGGAAGUGGAAGAGACGGAGAUCGUCAACAUCGUGCAGUCGAAGCCCCCGCCGCCGAUCGAGAGGAUCUCCAGGACCGAGGUGAGGACCGAGAUGAAGGAGAUCCCUCAGCCGACCAAGAUGGACACGCGGUACUUCGGCGAGCUGCUGGCCGACGUCUACAGGAAGAACUGCGACAUCCACUCCUGCAUCUUCGAGCACGUGUCCAAGAUCAGAGGACAGAAACACCUUCUGGAUCCCAGCAAUGACUACAAGGUGGAGAAAGAGGAGGUGGAGUCUUUGCUUCCCAAAGGAGCCACUGAACUGACCAAACAACAGAUCCGCUACCUGCUGCAGACUCGUCUGACUGCAGAUAAAAGCAUGCGUCUGCUGCUGUCCACCUUCAGCAGCCUGAGAGAGGAGCUGCUGCACAUGUCUGAGGACCUGAGGCGUCUGGAGAGCGAGAAGGAGGCUCUGGAGCGAGAUCUGAGCUUCAAGGCGGAUCAGGCUCGUCAGUAUGACUGUCUCCUGGAGGCUGUGCGAGAAAACAACAGACAGCUGCAGAUGUCUCUUAAAGAAAGCAGCUCUGCUCAGCGCUCUCUGGAGACUCAGCUCAUGAGCAGCAGAAGCACCGACUCCAGCAGAGACUUCAAAGUGAAAGAACAGGACGGGAGGCUGAGAGCGCUGGAGAAGGAGAACGAGAUGCUGAGACAGAAGCUGUCAGGUCAAGGCAGCAGCAGCACGCUGCACAUCAAGACGGAGGAGCUGUCCCGUCAGUACAACGAGCAGCUGGACAGCAUGAGGAAAGAGAAGGACCAGGAGAUCCAGAGACUGAGGACCCAGAUAACAAGGAUCCAGACCGAGACCACCACAACCACCUCGUCCGACAACAGUCUGCAGCUGAAGAUCUCAGAGCUGCUCGCCAUGUUGCAGCAGAGACAGACCACCAUCACCCGACAGGAAGAG